CUUGCCAUACCCCUCAAUGCCCACCAUGUCUGAGAUUUCUAACAUUCUUUAUGGUACGAUGUCAUCCGAUCCACGCACAAGGAUCGAAUCAGAAUUAUCUCUAACACGUGCAUUGCCUAAUCCUCAGACUGCCCUACUUCUCUCUCAACUAUGUGCGAGUGAAGAAGAUAUUGCAUUACGUCAGAGUGCAAUCAUUUCACUCAAGAAAUACGUCAGAGAACAUUGGUCACAGACACUAGACGGGUUUAAGCCACCUGCUGCGAGUCAAGAGAUUCAACAACAAAUUCGUCAAACUCUUUUCAUCUGUUUAUCCGAUAAUCAACAAAAGAUUCGAUCUUUAACUGCUGCAGUAAUCAGUACAAUCGCACGCUCAGACUUUCCCUCUAAAUGGCCUACAUUACUGGACCAACUACUCGCUCUCAUGAGCAGCGGCGAUCCCGCAAAAGUACACGGGUCAAUGACAGUACUCAGCGAACUCGUACGCUCAGAACUAGGCGAAGACCAGACAGUGCCUCUUCUACAACGGAUGCUGCCUGUAUUGCUCAGCGUACUCGGCGCAGGACAGGUCCAUUCGGGCCAUACACGCGCUCGUGCAGUAGCCGUCUUUGCGGAAUGUCUACGCGCACUCGAGAUGCUGAAAGCGGAGUACCCGAAGCAGAUCAAGACUGCGACAGAACAGAUACUGCCCACUUGGUUAGAGGCGUUUGUCGUUUUGCUCAGGAGUGACCCUGUACCGGAGAUUGACAAGGAUGCGGGGGGAGAUUUGGCAAUGCGUUGCCAGAUAUUCAUGACAUUAAGCACAAUCAUGUGGACCUUCCCACGUUUCCUCGCUCCCUCCACACAAGAGCUCUUCGCACUCAGCCUCUCCCACCUACACGCCCUCUACCCAAACUUCCACGACGAAUACCUCCUUUCCUCCGGCACGGGUCUCGAGAUCCCCGUCCCCGGUUUUCUGGACGACGACUCUGUCGCCUGUGGACCGCAGCUCGUUUCCCCCAUCUUGGAUUUCAUGGCUGGCCAAGUCAGGGCACGGGGGAUGAAACAGUGGUUUGAGCAGGGAGGGGUUGGAGACGUGCUCGCGGUUGUCGUUAGGUGGAUACAGAUGACGACGGAUGAUGAGGAUGCCUGGAUGGGGGAUAUAAACUUGUUCGUCAAUGAUGAGGAUGAUGAUGCGGAUACGUACAGUAUCCGCUUGAGCGGGUUGGAGCUUGUUGAUGAACUGUUUGAACACUUCGCAGCGCUCGCUCCCAGAGCACUGGCAGAGACGGUCCAGCAAUCGAUCCAAGCCGCGCAGGCAGAACAAGCCGCCGGCAAAACCGAAUGGUGGAAACCGAUCGAAGCGGCCCUAGCUAUCCUAGCUAACAAGCCCUGUGCCGACGCCCUCCUCAUAGCGCUAGACGACGCGCACCUGUCCUCCGACCUCCUGCUCCAUCUCUUGCGUGACGUCCUCCCCCCGCUCUGUGCGAUCCAGGGCACACCCUUCCUUCAGGGUCGCGCCCUGAUAUUUGCGGGACGGUAUCAUCGGCUUGCAGAAGAGGGGCUGGCGAGGGAGUGGAUAAACGCUACGUUGUUGGUGUUGGAGAGUGAGGCGCAGCCUGUGGCGAAGGUUUCGGCAGUAAGGGCGAUCCAGACAUACUCGUAUAACGCCCCCCUUACGCUUCCUUUUGGGGAACGCAUCACCCGCGUGCUCGCCCCCCUCCUGACACAGUCUACGGAGGACACGCUCACCCAGGUACUGGAGACGCUUAACGCUGUCGUCAAGCUCCAAGAUGGGGAAUGGAUGACCGAAGCGUUAGCUGGGGAGUUAGCAGCAGGGUUAUUACGCGUCCUAGACGAGAACGCAAAGGACAUGAUAUUCGUCUCCGUCCUAUCAAACAUGUUCGAAACGCUCGCUUCCUCCCCCCACUACCUAACAGUCAUCCGGCACACCCUUCCCCCCCUCGCCCAAUCCGCAGCGUCCAACGCCCUCCCCAACCCGCACCUCUCCGUCCCUGCCCUGGAGCUCAUCACCAGCCUUGUCAAAGGCUGUAAGGGGGAAGGGCUGGGACAGGGGUUUGUAGAUGUUAUCAUGCCUGCUAUUGGGGCUUGUGUAGUCGCGGAGGAUCGGGAUCUUGUGGGGAGCGCUGUCGCCUGCCUAACGCAUAUAGUGCGCAAAGACUGUCCUCAACUCCUCGCCUACCGCACAGCACAAAGCACAGGCCUAGACCAAGUCCUGCAGAUUCUCUCCCACCUCCUCUCUCCCCAGGAAUCCGAAUCCGGCGGGCUUUGGAUCGGGGAUCUCCUAAUCCACCUCUUACGCCGAGCGGGCGAGUCACUCAUCCCUGUCCUACCGGGACUGCUAGUUAGCCUCGUACACCGGCUUGCGGGAGUGCGGACAAUCCCCUUUAUCCAGAGUCUGGUCAUUCCUUUUGCCUACCUACUCCAGAGUGAACGGGCGUUCGUACUGGAACUGCUGGGUAAGACGCCUGUGAGGAUCUUGCCCACUGGCUCGGGGGUGAGGACGGGGGGAAUGGGAGGGUCCUGGACCGGCACCGGUAUGGCUACUGGUGCGCAGGGGCAGGGGCAGGGGCAGGAAGCUGGAGAGGUAAGGACAGGACUGGAAGUGUUAAUCAGGAUCUGGACAGAGAACUGCGAUUCCUUCCAAGGUCAUUGGGCCACUCGGAUCAGUGAUCUGGGGCUUUGUCAGCUGUUUCUGUCCGCCCGACCGGAGGUGCUUGAAGCCCCUUGUCAGGGGUCGUUGAUCGUCAGACCAGAGCUGGAGGGGGUGAUCAUCACCCGGUCUAAAUCGAAGACGGCGCCGAUCGAGUAUACGACAAUACCCUUCAAGGUCAAGGCUAUCAAGCUUAUAUUGGGGGAUAUAACCUCGGAUACGGAGCCUGCUCCUGGGGUGAGCGUGCCGAACUUGAAACUGGACUUGGAGGAAGAGGAGGAUGACGAGGAGUGGGCGGAUGAGGAGACUGUUUUCCAGGAUAGGGUGAGGGAUGACGAGUUUGGGUUCUUGUCUGAGGCCUGGGGGGACGACGACUUCCCCGAUGAUAUGGACGAUGAGGACCUCAAGGAGGAUCCGGUGUCAAAGAUGGACAUGCAGGCGUACCUGUUUGCCUUCUUGCGAGACUGUGCAAGGAACAACACGAACGAUUUUGCGAGGAUCGUGGAUGAGCUCAACGUCGAAGAACAGAUGACGCUGCAGCGGGCGAUGCAGGGCUAGACAUGCAUAUGGCUUUCGGCGGCGGCGGCGGCGGCGGCGGGUUAUGACAUAAACGG